AUGAAGGAUCAAGAUAUCGUCGGCGAGGCUCUAGCCUCAGUACUUCCCCAGAAUGAUAAAGCCUGGCUGCGGAUUCCUCAUCUUCUGCAACUAAAUCUCAUUCUCCUCAUCCCACUUCUUUCGUCCGCUGUAGCCGGCUACGAUGGCUCCCUAAUGAACGGCCUGCAAUCCAUCACCCAAUGGAAAACCUACUUCGACAACCCCACCGGCUCGAUCCUCGGCGUCGUGAACGCAGCCCAAAGCAUCGGCAGCGUGAUCUCCCUCCCCGUCGUCGGAAUCCUGUCUGACAAGAUCGGCCGACGCUGGACACUCCUUUCCGGCGCGAUCGUGAUCAUCAUCGCAUCCGCGAUCCAGGCCGCAAGCGUGCAGUACGGUAUGUUCGUCUUCUCGCGCGUCCUUGUGGGUAUAGGGAGUAUGCUUGUCGUGCAGCCAUCCCCCAUGCUAAUCGCUGAAUUGGCGUAUCCGACGCAUCGGGGGAAGUAUACGUGUGCGUUUUGGACCAUGUACUAUCUCGGUGCUAUUCUGGCGAGCUGGACGUGCUACGGGACGCAGAAGCAUCUGUCGAAUGACUGGACCUGGCGCGUUCCCAGUAUUAUCCAGGCUGGGUUCCCGAUCGUGCAGGUGCUGCUUUGGUGGGCUGUGCCUGAGUCGCCGAGAUGGCUCGUUGCGAAGGGCCGAACCGAAGAAGCGCGGGAGCUGCUCGCAAGAUUCCACACAGCCGGGGAAAAGAAUCAUCCCCUGGUCAACUUCGAAAUGGCCGAGAUCGUGCGCACAAUUGAGCUGGAGAACCGAGCUGCGGAGACGGGUUGGACUGCGCUUGUUCAGACACCGGGAAACCGGAAAAGGACUUUUAUUGCGGUCUGCGUUGGUGCCUUUGCGCAGUGGAACGGUGUGGCCGUGGUCUCUUACUACCUAACGCUGGUCCUCGACACCGUCGGCAUAAAAGAUACAGACACCCAAACCUUGAUCAACGGACUUCUCCAGAUCUUCAACUUCAUCGCCGCUCUCUCCGCAGCACUCUUCGUCGACCGACUGGGCCGUCGAACCCUCUUCCUCUGGUCCGCAGUCGGCAUGCUGAUCUCCUUUGUCAUCUGGACAGCGUGCUCGGCCGUCUUCGACAGCACGCAAGCCUCGGCACUGGGUAGGACAGUGAUUGCCUUUGUGUUCAUCUUCUACUUCCACUACGACAUCGCGUACACGCCAUUGCUUAUGGGGUAUCCGACCGAGAUCUUCCCGUACUCAACGCGGUCGAAGGGGUUAACCGUGGAAUUGCUGAGUGUGUACGGGAGUCUGAUUAUACUGGCAUUUGUCAACCCGAUUGCGCUGGGGAAUAUUGGGUGGCGGUAUUAUAUCUUCUUCUGCGCGUUUGAUGUGCUGGUGCUGGUGGUUACGUAUUUUGUUUUCCCGGAGACGAAGGGGUACUCGCUUGAGGAGAUCGCGGGGGUGUUUGAUGGGCCGAGUGUGGUUAGGGCUCAAUCUUUAGAGGGGAAGGAUGCGAUUGAGAAGGGGAGUGUGGAGCAUAGUGAGACGGUAUAA